UNAUUAAAAUUGAGCUUCAGCAGAAAUUCGGCAGUGCUUUUCUUAUCAGUCGCCUCGCCUGACUCUGAUCUUGUGGCAUGUUGUUUCUUGUUUUGGAUGUCUCCAUAAUAAUGUUAUCCGAAUCUCUCCUAUCUUAAUUGUAUUAUGACGCAUGUAUGUAUAUGUGUAUGUGCAUCUGAUCUUGAACCUUAAUAGAUAUCGUAAUACUUUACAUACUGACUAAAGGUUGAAAUUGCAUACGCAUAUACUAACUGAGACCUUUGCUUUUGUCUCCAAAUAGUUCUUAAGUUGGGGCCCAGAAUUGCUUUCUUUCUGAAUUGUGAGAUGGCAAAAGGCACAAGAGGCAGACGUGGGAUCUCUUCCCGCCAGUUCAGGCCCACACCUUACCCACAGAGACCCCACCACAAGAAGAAAACACAGCCCAAGUUAUUCAAAAAGGACUGGGAAGACGCCACUUGCUCUGUCUGCAUGGAAUUCCCCCACAACGCAGUUCUCCUCCUCUGCUCGUCUCACAACAAGGGCUGCCGGCCCUACAUGUGCGGUACAAGCUCUCGCUACUCCAACUGCCUCGACCAAUACCACAAGGCCAUGGACCUCGUCUGCCCGCUCUGCCGUGGGCAGGUCAAAGGGUGGACUGUGGUCGAGCCUGCUCGAGAACACCUCAACGCCAAGCGCAGGGGAUGCAUGCAAGACGGGUGCCCGUUUUUGGGGAAUUUCAAGGAGCUGAGGAAGCACGUUAGGGCAGAGCACCCGAGCGCAAGGCCACGUGAGGUGGACCCGAUUCGAGAGCAGAGGUGGAGAGGGCUCGAGAGGGAGAGGGAGCAAGAGGAUGUGAUUAGCACCAUUCGAUCGUCUAACCCUGAGGCUGUGUUUUUCGGGGAUUAUGUGAUUGAAAGGGGAAACUACUCGGACGAUGAUAUUGAUGAUGAUGAUGUUGGGACAGACAGGAAUUUGAUGUCUGUGUUCUUGUUUUUGCAGGCGUUUGGGUCUGGUGGCCAGGUGAGGCAGGAUAGAGGGUUUGAAUACUCGGAUGAGGAUGGUGAAGAGGGGGAUAAUGGGAUGUCGUUUGCUAGGAGGCUAAGCCGUCAGGGUAGGGUAGUUUUGGGACGUUCGGGGAGGAGGAGAAGGCGUAGGGAGAUGGGUGGGGCUCGGGUUUAGUGUUUGUUUUUGGGAUGUCUGGCAGAUUUUGGAGGUGGAA